AUGUAUUCUGCUCUUGGAACACUGCUUUUCACGCAGUGUCUGAUCAGAAUAUGUGAUGCUGUUCCAGACAGCGUUGUGGUCCGUGAGAAUAUAAACACGGCAGACUUAGCCCAAGCCCUCGUGAUCCCGCCAAGUCAAUACUUUGAAGGCAUCGAUGGACCAUGGAGCACUUUCAACUUGCGUGUUGGGACGCCAGAGCAAGAUGUCCGCGUUACGAUUUCCACAACUUCCCCUGAGACAUUGGUGGUUCUGUCUGAGUAUGGAUGCUCAACCAAGGUCUUCGCAACCGUCCCAGCGGGUUGCGCAAGCUCGCGUGGUAUGAUGUUCAGUCCGAACACGUCGUCGACAUGGAUUGACAACGGUUUCUUUGCGAUCAAUCAAGAUGGUGUUGGCCUUGAAGCCAAUCUUGGCUAUAGCCAAGCUGCAAAUUUCGGAACGGAAACACUCGGCUUGGGUUUGGUAGCUGGUGCAAAUGGAGUUACGCUCAAAAACCAGACUGUUGGAGGCAUUGCUUCUACGUCGCCCUUCUACUUAGGAAUUUUCGGCCUCGGUACCCAACCAGCUAACCUCAGCUCACUUGGUAAUUCCACAGGGCCGACCUACUUCACGUCUUUGAAGAAUCAGAAUGUUAUUCCUAGCCUUAGCUGGAGCUAUACAGCUGGGGCAAUGUACCGACUCAAACAGGUAUAUGGACAACUGAUUUUCGGCGGCUACGACACUUCUCGGUUUACUUCCAACUCCGUCUCCUUCACCCUCGCUCAAGAUGUCAGUCGCGAUAUAGUCGUCUCUCUACAAUCCAUCUCCUACAGCGGCACUGUCCAGGCAUCCCUCCUCGCCUCGCCAAUUCUAAUUUUCAUCGAUUCUACCGACCCCAACCUCUGGCUCCCCGAAACUGCUUGCAAGCAAUUCGAAACAGCUUUCGGUCUUACUUUGGACGAUACGACUGGGCUAUACCUUGUGAAUGACUCGCAUCACCAGACAUUGCUGACGGAGAAUGCGCAAGUAAGAUUUAGACUCGCGGAUACGCCUACCGGCGGGGAAGCGGUUACAAUUGUACUUCCAUACUCUGCCUUCGAUCUUAAAGCAGAAUAUCCCAUGGUCGCGAACUCGAGUCGCUAUUUCCCGCUCAAGAAGGCGGCGAAUGAGACACAAUACACGUUGGGACGAACAUUUCUACAAGAAGCUUACCUAACAGUGGACUACGAGCGCGGAAAUUUCUCAGUGUCGCCGUGCUCGUGGGUUGAAGGCGCAGCAGCGAAUGUCGUUACGACUGCAUCAAAGGACUCCACAGCCGUAAACAGCGAAGGGCCAUCGACAACUGGAACGGAAGGAACGACAGGGAGCCCGGAAUCGACGAAAUCCGGGCUUAGCACCGGUGCUAUUGCAGGUAUAAGCGUCGCGGCCGCCGUCAUCGUCCUCGCCCUCGCAAUCGGUGGAUAUUUCUUUCUCAAGAAACAGAGACAAAAGCAAGCCUCAAUGCAGACGAUCACAUCCGUGGACCCAAAUGACGAUGAUGCAAUCAUUGCCGACUCAAAAUCGAUACAGAGUCAUCAACUAUCAAAUCUUGGGGAGGUGCCGAAGCAUGAGUUAAAUGAUACCCAGAUCUACCAGAUGCAUGCGGGAGAUGAGCCGACGCAUGAGUUGAAUGAUACCCAGAUCUACCAAAUGCAGGAUGCGGGAGGCGUUGCGAAUCAGGAAUCGAAGGGGCAUGUAGCUUACGAGCUGACAGGGUCUGAGGUUCCUAGGGUAGAGCUAGAUGCGGCUGAGAAGAGUAAACCUACGAGUCCGUAG